CCAGAGAGUGUGGAACACUUUGGCGCAUCAUCAGCAUCUAAAUGCUAUAACUUUCUUUUUGCACUCCAGAAUAUAUUUUUCGUCUCUGUUCUUUCUAUUCAUGCGUCCUUCGUGUCUACAAGAAACUUUGGGAAAUAGGACCAGUUUGAUCCGUGCGUAAAAGUCCUUGUUGGGUGAUUUAUCCAGAGAGGACUGUCGGAUUCCGUCCUGCGCUCUAGAUGGAGGUUUCUUAUCCGCUAUGACAGCGAAUCUAGGUCUUUUUGAGCUUUUAAAAGGAAUAAUUUAAUAAUCUUAUCUAAAAACAUUUCUGUUUCGUCUAGAAAGAUAAUUCCUUUUUUUAAAGUGGAUCUAUGUGAGAGAGGUGCCCGUUUUCGUGGCUCCCGUGGACAUUUUGCUGUCUUUUGUAAGUAAAAGUGUUUUAAUGGAAACAUGAACAAAGGUGCAAGAGAAGCGGUUCUCCUGAACACCUUCCACCUGCUCCUUCUCCUGCUGCUGGUUUAUGCUCCGCCGGCGAGUCUCUCCGCGCAGCGCAGGCAUCCAGCGCGCUACUUUGGCCACAUCGCCGAGAACUCCCCGGCUGGAUCGCCCGUCGAUGGGGUCUCAAUCCCGCUGGAAGCCGGAGUCUGCGCCGGUGCAAAUCUUGACGGCAGCCUGUACGGAAAUUAUCCCUCUGAUUUCCGGAUCGUUUACGACUCUGAGCAUCGGGACAGUUUGAUUCUGGUGUCCGCCAAACCGUUGGACCGAGAGUUUAUAGCGAUGUACGAGUUGACGGUGGAACUGCCGCCCAAGUGCCAGACGAGACCGGCGGUCGUCCAGGUUGAAGUGUCCGACAGGAAUGAUAACAUCCCCCAGUUCGUCAGCGGGAAUAAAACGGUGGAAGCGGAUGAGCUGGCGCCGAUUGGAACUGUCUUGGCUCGCUUUGACGCAAAAGACGGCGACGCGGAGAGAAAUGGACGCACGACUUUUUACGCAUCACCACAGUCCCGUUUGCUUCACGUGGUGCCACAAACCGGCCAGGUGAGGCUCGUCGGGUCGCUGUUGGGGGUCAAGCAGCUCACCCUGCGGCUUUACGUGAAGGACGGCGGGGACGUGGCGCUGAUCGGUGACCCGGUGUUCCUUCGCGUCGACGUUCGCGGCUCCGGCAGAGCGCGGCGCAGACCCCGUGCUCUGUCCGAGGAUCUGAGCUACACAGUGACCGUACCGGAUCACAUCAGAGUGGGUGACCUGGUGUUCACUGUGCCGGACCAGAGGUUCGACCAGCGGUGGUUCGAGGUGAUAUCCGAGGCCGACUCGCCAGUACAGAUCGAAAGGGACUCCGGGCGCUUGUACCUUGCGCGCAGUCUGCGGGAGCCAGCGGAGGUGGUGGUGAAGAUCCAGAAUCUUCGAGGUGAUGAGUGGUAUUUGUGCAGGCUGACUCUGAGCAUGCCCAGUCAGGCUGACCUCCAGUGGGGGAUGUUUCCGUCGCCUUACCUGGGGGCCGUGGGUCCUGAUGCCACAUCUGGCUCUGUGGUCUACCGGCUGUCAGCCAGACAACGAGACGGCGCUUUGGGACAAGCUCAGUUCCUCCUGCUAGACGGUGGUGAGGAUUGCUUUGAAGUGGACCAUCGCUCUGGGUUGAUUAGGACCACUGGACGACCUCUGACCCCAAGCAGGGAGUACCAUCUGCGGGUCCAGGCGGUGGACGGACGAGGCCGUAAAGGCCCACCAGCCACUGUUUCCAUCCUUGCUGGAUACCGACCGCCACAGUUCACCAACUCCACCUACAGCCUGAACGUGCUGGAAAACACGCCUGUUGGCCAACCUGUUGCUGUGGUUCAGGCCGUCUCCUUCCAGAUGAAGAGUCUGUCCUACAUGUUACUGAUUAACCCCGGAAACCUGUUCAGCAUCAACCAGGAAAGCGGCGCUCUGAGCCUCACCAGAUCGGUCGACUACGAGAGCGGUCACAACCUGCACACCCUGCAGGUCCGAGCCUCCGAAAGCGACACCGGCCUCAGCGGCGUUGCAGAGGUCGUUGUCCACAUAACGGAUGAGAAUGAUUGCACACCAGAGUUUCUUCACUCCAUCUAUACCAGAGAUAACAUACCUGAGAGCGUCGCACCUGGAACCUCACUACUGCAAGUUCUGGCUCGCGAUUGUGAUGCCGGGGUGAACUCCGAGAUCUCCUACUUCAUCCCGAGUGGCGAUUUUGACAUCACAUCCGGGGGUGUGGUCAGCCCUGCCCGUCGCCUGGACUAUGAGCGUCCCAAUCACAUCUACGAGUUUGUAGUUGUCGCAGUGGACGCAGGGACGCCUCCUCGAACUGGGACAGCCUCUGUUCGUGUCCGUGUGGCCAACACCAACGAUGAGGUGCCGGUCUUCUCCCAAAGCGUCUACAAGACCUUCCUUAGUGAGGAUGCUGGUCCUGACACACUGGUCGCCAUUGUUCACGCCAAUGACCCUGAUGGGGAUGGCGUCUCUUACGCCAUCACAGGGGGCAAUGAGGACAGCAACUUCCAGCUAGACAACCAAAAAGGCAUCAUCAAGCUGCGGCGGAGCCCGCCCCCCAGGCUCAGGGGCCCGCAGUACGUCCUCAACAUCACCGCCACAGAUGACAACGCUUCCGGUGGUUCCUACCCACUCAGCAGCGCCGCGCAGGUCAUCGUUGGGAUCAAUGACAUCAACAACAACAAGCCUGUGUUUGAUGAGUGUCAAAACUACAAUGCAGCGGUUCUGGAGAACCAGCCGCCAGGGACGUUCGUGCUUCGCGUGGAGGCUCAUGACGCAGACACGGGGGUCAACGGAGAGGUCAAAUACGGCAUCAUGCACAGAGACGGUGUGUCGUCCGGGUUUGAUAUUGACCCUCACACUGGUGUGAUCACCACAGCAGUAAGUUUUGACAGGGAGCGUCAGAGAGAAUUCACGCUUUCUGUGACGGCCACUGAUCAGGCUGAGGAGCCACUGAUUGGCAUCUGUCAGAUCACAGUGCUGAUCCUCGAUCAGAACGACAACGACCCCAAGUUUGAAAACAGCCGCUACCAGUACUUCCUAAGAGAGGACACUCCAGUUGGAACUAGUUUUUUACGGGCGGCGGCGCACGACGACGAUCAGGGGAGCAACGCGGCCAUCACCUACUCGCUGUCCAACCAGAAGCCAGCUUACCUGCACAUCAACCCCAACACUGGCUGGAUUUAUGUCAACCACCCAAUCUCACAGACGUCCCGGAUCAACCAGCAGGUCUUGGCCUCAGACGGAGGAAACCGCAGCAGCUCUGUGGAGCUGACCGUCAUCAUCACCAACGUUCACAACCAGCCGCCCCACUGGGAUCAGCCUGAAUACUGGGUCACUGUGCCGGAAAACACUGUCCGAGAUGCUAAGAUAGUGACUGUCAAGGCAACGUCUCCACUUGGCGAUCCCAGGGUGACCUACAAUCUGGAGGAAGGCCUGGUGCCAGAGACCAACAUGCCGGUGCGGUUUUACAUCAAACCAAACCGGGUGGACAGCUCGGCGUCCAUCCUGGUGGCCGAGAACCUCGACUACGAGAUGACGCGCUUCUUCACGCUGAGAGUGCGUGUGCAAAACGUUGCUGCUGUGCCUCUCGCCUCCUUCUCCACUGUUUACGUCAAUGUGACAGACGUCAACGACAAUGUUCCUUUCUUCCUGUCAUCCACAUACGAGGCCACGGUGCCUGAAGGAGCACAGAUUGGCACAUCGGUCGCUCAGGUCUCGGCGACAGACCUCGACUCGGGUCUGCAUGGGAUGAUCCACUACACGAUCCUGAAGGACGAGAGCGGAGACUCUCAGUACUUCAGCAUCGACUCCCGCAGCGGCGUCAUAGUAACCCGUGCUUCUUUUGACCGUGAGCAGAAAGCUUCUUACCUGAUCGAGGUGCAGUCGCAGGAUGGCUCCGAGUCAGCCCGACCGGGCCAGCAAGGCCAGCCAAACACAGACACUGCCUAUGUCAGGAUCUUUGUCACCGAUGUCAAUGACAACGCUCCGGCGUUUGCCCAGCCAGUGUAUGAGGUCAGUGUGGAGGAAGACAAGGAGGUGGGCUACGUCCUCAUCACUGUCACAGCCAACGACGAGGACGAAGGUGCCAACGCUAAGCUGCGCUACCAGAUCACUUCAGGAAACGCCAUGGGAUCCUUCGACGUGGAGCCAGAGGUGGGCACCAUCUUUGUCGCUCAGCCGCUCGACUACGAGAUGGAGCAGCGCUACGAGCUGCGGCUGGUCGCUUCUGACGGGAAAUGGGAGAACGAGACCCUGGUGGUGGUUCAGGUGGUCAACCGCAACGACGAGGCGCCGGUGUUCAGUCAGACGGAGUAUCACGCCUCUGUGAUGGAGGAGCUCACACAGCUUCCUGUGUUCAUCCUGGAGGUGUCAGCAACAGAUCCCGAUCAGGAAGCGGACCAGACUGCCCUCCGCUACUCUCUGCACGGCCAGGGUGCCGGUGGCGAGUUCACUAUCGACGAACACACUGGAAGGAUCUAUGCCCAGCGCCACCUGGACCGGGAGGAGCGCCCCGCCUGGAGAUUCCUUGUCCUGGCCACAGACGAGGGCGGACUGGGCCUUACAGGAUUCGCUGAUGUGCUGUUAGAAGUCAGAGACAUUAACGAUAACUCCCCCUUCUUUCCAUGCCCUGCCCUAGAAGAAGACGGAUGUUUCAUUGGCCAAGUGCCUGAAAACUCACCUGCUGACACCUCCAUCAUGGAGAUGCGUGCCAUGGACCUUGAUGACCCAAAUGAAGGCAGGAAUGCCAUGCUUACCUACAGCAUCAUCAAGAACAUUCGCAAUGAGAUCAACCUCAACUUGUUCUCCAUAAACGCCACUACUGGGACUAUCUACACAGUUCUCCGCUCACUGGACCGGGAGACAGAAGACAAAUAUCUGGUUGUGGUGGAGGCCCGGGAUGGCGGUGGGUUGUCUGGGACGGGAACAGCAACUAUUAUGGUUUCAGACGUAAAUGACCACCCACCUAUUUUCACUCAGAGGGUUUACACUGCUCAGAUGAAUGAGGACCUGGAGGUAAACAGCGAAGUCCUUGUGGUCUCUGCCACCGAUGGAGACCAGGGUGAGAAUGCAGUCGUCACCUUCAGCAUCGUUGGCGGUGACGAGGAAAGGAAGUUCUUUGUGGAGACGGACAAAGUAAACCGACGUGGCGUGAUAAAGCUGAAGAAGAAGGUUGACUUUGAGAAACUCCAUGAGCGGACCUUUAAUCUCACUCUGAAGGCUGAAGAUGCUGACUUUUUCAGCCUGGCCUACUGUCUCGUCCAAGUAGAAGACUCCAACGACCACGCCCCCGUCUUUUUCCCACAGUUCUAUGAGUCGGCUGCCAUGUCUGAAGACGUCCCAGUGGGGACAAUUGUUGCUCAGGUUACAGCAUCUGAUUUGGACUCUGGCCUAAAUGGACACUUCUCCUACAGUAUUUCGAAGGAGUCCGACCCUUACAGUCAGUUCCUGGUGGAUCAGUCCGGUUGGGUGGUCGUCGCUCAUUCUCUGGACAGAGAAAAAAUCUCCCAGCACAGGAUCAUGGUUCUAGCAACAGAUGCUGGUAUCCCACCGCUCACCGGCACCGCUAUCGUCAUGGUAACUGUUCUCGACAUUAACGACAAUGGGCCAGAGUUUGAGGCUGCCUAUAAGCCUGUUGUUUGGGAGAACACUGCUGCUCCACAGGCGGUGCGAAUGAAUGAAACGUCCAUGCUUCUUCACGCCGUCGACCGAGACACGUCCACCAACGGUGGUCCAUUCUCCAUCCGACUCCUGCUUCUAACCUCCGAUGCCACAAACUUCAACCUGACAGACUUUCGGAAUGGCAGCGCCGCCAUCACUGCUCUUCGCAGCUUUGAUCGCGAGCGUCAGAAGGAGUACCGCCUUCCCAUUCUGAUGAUUGACAGCGGCUCUCCUCCAGUGAGCUCAACCAACACGUUGACAGUUGUCAUCGGCGAUAGAAAUGACCAUCCACACUCACCUGGCCACACACAUAUUGUUGUCUACAGUUUUGAAGGGAUUCUCCCAAGAACAGCUCUUGGACAAAUUCAAUCCCCUGACCUCGAUGACUGGAGUGAGAAGGUGUACCGCUUCGAUGGCAAACCAACCAGGUUGUUCGGUCUGAAUCAGAGCUCAGGUCAGCUCAGCAUCAGGGAGGGAACUCCUCCAGGCACGUACCGCCUGCAGGUCCGUGUGUCCGACAGCACAUGGCCUGAUGUCAUCUCCACCGCUCAGGUGGAUGUCACAGAGCUGCACCAGGAGGCCCUGCAGCAAGCUGGCUCCGUUCGCCUCAACAAUCUUACAGUGGAGGGAUUCUUCCAGAGUAGCAGUGGAGGCCAAGGGAGUCGGUUUUUCCGUUUGGGGCGAAUGUUGGCUGAAAUCCUGCAGACGUUGCCAGAGAACGUCCAGAUAUUCUCUGUAGGCAAAGCCAACCAGCUGAGUUACAGAGCGCUGGAUGUCUGGUUUGCUGCACACGGCUCACCGUACUACAAGGCGGAGAAGCUUCAUGGAUACGUGGCGGCAAACAAAGCCAAGCUGGAGGCCAUGUUGGGCGUGUCCAUCAGCCAGGUGGGCGUGGAUGACUGUCCAUCCACAGACUGCGGUCAGUAUGGAGGCUGCAGCAGCGAGGUUUCAUUCAGCCAGGUCCCUGUAGCUCUGAGCUCCGGUAACGUCUCUCUGGUGUCGCUGUCGGCCUCCACGACCGCGCGCUGUGGCUGCCGAGGGCGAGAGGCGACCCACCUGACAUGCUCUGAAUAUCCCACCAACCCCUGUCUCAACAGAGGCACCUGCCAGGAUGGCCCUCUGGGAUACCGAUGCAAAUGUCCGCCCAUGUUUGACGGGCCAGAGUGUCAGCAGACUAAACACAGCUUUGGAGGUCAGGGUUACGCCUGGUUUCCUCCCAUCAAGCCUUGCUUCCAGAGCCAGAUAUCCCUGGAGUUCCUGUCUGAGUCGGCGAAUGGGCUGCUGCUCUACAACGGGCCGCUUGGCCUCGUCCAGCCUGGGGAGCCGGAGGACUUCAUCGCCGUCGAGUUAAGGAACGGAGUUCCAGUUCUGAGUAUAAACCACGGAUCGGGAACGCUGACCCUUCAGCUCCCACCUAAAGCUACGAUCAACGACCGGCGCUGGCAUCGCCUGGACAUAAUCAGCGACGGGAAGCUUGUCCAGCUGGUCCUAGACCAGUGUGGUGGGGUCCCUGUGAAUGAGAUGGAAGGUGUUGGAGGGGAGACCCGAGAGAUCGAUGAGUCCGACUGCAGAGCAGCAGGAGAAACGCCCGGGAACCAGCGGUAUUUAAAUGUCUACCAGCCUCUUCAGUUGGGAGGAGUGAAGGAAAUGUCUCCCUACCGCCGUUACCGAAGUUUUACUGGAUGCAUUCGAAACCUGGUGGUGGACAGCCAGGUGUACGACCUGGCGAGUCCGGGCGAGAGCGUCGACAGUGCGCCAGGAUGCAAGCUGACAGACGGCGUGUGUGUGACGGCGGCCGGUCCUUCCUGUGGCGUUCACGCCUCCUGCCUUGCCGACUGGGGCUCCUUCAGCUGUGAGUGUCGUCCAGGAUACAGCGGACACAAGUGUGAGAGAGCUGUGCAGGAGUUCUCCUUCGACUCGGACAGCGUGAUGCGUUUUCAGCUCAGAGGGGGCGGCAGCUCCCGACGCACCAACAUCCAGAUGCUUCUCCGGACCAGAGCCACCUCGGGGACCCUGCUCUCCGUGGCAUCCCGGGACUCCAACGAGUACAUCAUUCUGGAGAUCAGUGACGGUCACGUCUCAGUGCGUGCCAACCUGGGAGACGGCGCUCAGUCUCUCCAGCUCCCCGGUCACAGAGUGGACGUCGGACAGUGGGUCCUGGUCAGCCUCAGUCGACACGACAACAGGUUUACCCUGCGACUGGAGCAGGGGGGGGGCUCCCGGGAGGUUCAGGCGCAGCUGGGGAGCCGCAGGGAGAUUGUGGUUCAUCCGGCCAGCCUGAUGGUUGGCAACAGACUGAAUGCUGGAGACAAGGCUGACUUCCAGGGCUGCCUGCGGGACGUCCGUUUUAACGGCCACAUCCUCCCUCUGGACGGCCAGAGCCGGGACAUGGUGACGCUGCUGGAGAGGCGGGGGGUAACCUCGGGUUGCUCCAGCGACGCAUGCAGGAGCCAGCCCUGUCGCAGCCCGCUGCGUUGCAUCGACCUGUGGAGAAAACACCAGUGCAAGUGUCCGGGCCCUCAGGUGACUGUUACCGACGAGUCUGGUCUCCAGCGCUGCGUGCCGUCACCCUGUGACUCGUCCUCCUGUCGUAAUGGCGGCAUAUGCCAUCCCCUGUCAGCUGACAGCUACCAGUGCCGCUGUCAGGAGGGAUUUAGAGGUCAACGCUGUGAGCUGGGGCAGGUCAAAGGUCAGAGGAUGGCUGCUCUCAGCCCCAGCUCCAUCCUCGCCAUCAGCAUGUGCCUGCUUGUCUUUAUUGUGGUGUUGGUGGCGGUGACCGUUUGGAAUCAGAAAGGCAGCCGAAACAAGUUCAGGAAGCGAGGAGUUUACCACAUCCCUGCUGAACACCAGAGCUGGGAAGACAUCAGAGAAAACAUCCUGAACUAUAACGAGGAGGGAGGAGGAGAGCAGGACCAGAAUGCAUACGACAUCACAGAGCUGAAGCGUCCUCUGUGCUCCAGCUUGUCCCAGUCGUCCUCCUGCACCACUGCCCCGCUCAUCAAGUCCUCCCCCGGCUCCCAGGAGGAGGUGCAUCCAUCCGGCUCCUCCUGCAGCUCCGGCGCCCCCUACCUCAGCAUCCCGCACCACCACCACCAUUACCAUCACCACCAUCAGCACACAGCCGGCGCCGGCUACAGCAGUGACGCCACCUACGCCAACUAUUCCUCUCAUGCAGGCAGGGACACAGAGAUGAGUGACACGGGCAGCUGCGUCGACGCUCCGCCCGCAGCGCGCUCGCAUGUGGACUUCAAAAGCUACGUGGAGCGAAUCAUCUGGGAGGCGGACAACGACAGCGGCGCGUUUCCAGCCGACGCCUACCACGUCUGGUGCGUGGAGGGCUCCGGGUCCUCAGCAGGAAGCCUCAGCUCUCUGGGGUCCGCCGUUUCCUGCAGAAGAAUGGCUGCUGGGGACAAGAAGGAAGAGGUAGAGGAGGAGGAGGAUGAAGGAGGUUUUGUGUGUGACAGGCUGUCACGGUGGGGGCCGAAGUUUCAGGCUCUGAGUGAGAUGUACGACCGGCCACAGCUGGGCCUCACGUACAGGGACGCAAUAGCCUACAUACAGAGGAGCCACAGCCAUGACCCGCUGCCUCAGCACCACUAGGGGGAGCCACUUAACUGACCACACAGUCCUACUUUGCUUAUGGGUCAGGAAAUGAUGCAUUCACACAACAUUCAGGUUCUAUUCACUAUUAUGGUCCUGUCAGGGAUAUUUACUCAGGGCAAUAUGGCUUCAAAAUAAAAUCAUUUCAUUCAUACCAGAUCAGAUUUUCAAUUUUAAUUUUUUCUCACUUUGUUUCCAAGAAAAAAUAAUAAUAAUUCAAAAAAGUGACUUUUAUUUCAAUCAUCUCUUCUAUGAGUUGUAAUACAGAGUAUUAGGACUAUCAUUUAUUGUUGAAUUAUGAGAAUAUUGUUGCAAUAUUGACACAAAAAAAACAUUUUUAGUAGACAUAACAUCUUAAAGUUGCAAGAAAAGAAGUAAUUAUAGUGAGAAAAAAAGUCUUGAUAAGGAUGGAGAUCUGAUGUGACGUCAGUCAGUGCAGUUCUCUCUUGGAAAUACUCGGUUCUUUGAACAAUCGUUUCAAAGUCCUGUUACUGAUAAUAAUUUGAUGAUGAUAUGUAAAAGAUGAAUUGUUUUUAUUAAGUGAAUCCAAUACAAAAAAUAUGAUUUCACUAGAUUCAUUUUAAUUUUUGUUAUUUUUUGUGUUGGAGUUCUGAUACGAUUACUACAAUAUUCUCCUUAUGUUAUGGCUGUAAUCUUUGGAAUGUUAUGACUUUAUUCAUAUAAUGAAGUCAUUAAAAAAUUGUGGCCUGGCCCUAAUAUUGUCAUAGAGUUGACCAGAGUUCAAAGUUCAGAUGAAUAGACGCUGUAAAAGACGCUUGUCAGGUAAAAUGGCUGCUGUGGGCGCUCUGACAUCACUAUGAACUAUGACAACUCAAGAAGUGGUAAAGAAAAAACAUUACGAUUUUCCAAAAAUAAAAUCUUCACAAAACAAAAAUUUGAUUAAUAAUCCAGCUGUAAAUGAUGAUAUUUGAAGUCCCAAAAUCUUUCCAAUUUAAGUCCAGACAUAAACAAGAAAGCUUUGCUUAUUUCUGCUUCUUCAGUGGUUAUUUUAUGAAAAGGAGGAAUAAAACCAAAGAAACUCCAGUUUAUGAGUAGCCAAACAACAGGGUUCAUUUUAAAAGGGACAAAACAUUAUAAUUACCAAAUAUUAAUUCUGUUACAACUAAAAUAUAAAUAACAGUCUUUGCUUUAAUUUGGUCAUAUUGGAGUUUUUUUUUUUUAGUAUUAUUUGUGUAUUUUAGUUGAGUUUGAAUUAUGUUCUGCAACAUUUUAUCAGGGCUCAUCUAAUAAUAGCUAAUAAUUUAGUUUCAUUCCCACAGUUCUUAGGUUUUUGCUGCUGGAUGUUUACUUCUGUCUUUUUCUUGUCAGAAACUUUUCUAUGUCCCGCUAACUCGCUCGGCUAGCUUAAUGAGCAAAACAACUUGACUCGGUGGCCCCACUUCGAAAAACACUGAUAAGGAGAUGAAGGUCUAAACGGCUCUGUGCAGCAGGCUUUGACAGCAGGUUUAGUUACAGAACAUCUAAUCCAACAAAAAGGGUUUAAAUGGGAUGUUGUGUGAAUGCAGCAGCUCCUCUCCCAUGUGUUCACCAGUGUUGGGAGAAAUUCAGACACAUUCAAGGUUGGAGGUUCAUUGUGUUGUGCUCCUUUUUUCAAAGAAGUUGUGCUUCAGAAGUUUGAGGAAGAUAAAAAGCACAGUAUGUGUGAUGUAGUUAUUCAAUUUGUAAGAGGCUUCUGGGUCGCUGUGCUUUGCUGUUUGCGAAAUGCAACUUUGAGGGUCAAAGAGUGUUUUCUCUGAAGCAACACCACCAUCAAAUGAUGUGAGAAACUUUCAGUGGCUGGCGGCCAGAGUGGAAGAAUUACAACUGCUACACUUGAAAUCUCAGAAAACAUUAAGGCCUUGAACAUGACUUAAGUUGUUCUUUCACAGCAUUUUAUUUGAGAUUUUUUGGGUCGGAAAGUUUUUCCUUUGAAAUUUAUAUUCAAAAUGUCCAACAUACUAAAAGUCUUUCCAAGGAUCUUUGCAGUUUUUUGUAAAUAAACAUGGACAAACUUAGAUUUUUAAAUUUCCAGGUAUUGAAGUAUCUAUAAAAACUCAAAAAUAAGCUUUUAAUUUCUCUUUUCUACCUUCUUGUUGCACUAAAAGAGGAUUCAGUCUUCAUAUAGGACAAAACAAUCAAUUUGAAACAGAACUUUUGUAAUAUUGGAGGGUAAAACACUUUUUCCACCUUGUAAAAUUACUGGUACAUUUUUAAAUAAGAUUAUUUUUCUACUCACUUAAAGAAGUUCAUUGAGGUGAUUUGAUGGUUGUUGGUUGUGCUGUUGACAUGCUGGUUACUCCACUUUUCUGUCCUAGAACUCACCUUUUUACGUACAAAUUUCAUCUUCAAGCUGCUUUGAAAUUUCUAUUCAUUGAAACAAAAUGGUAGCGAGCCUAGUUUAAUAUUUAUUUGCAGUUGAAGAUGAACUUAUUAGUCUGCUAAAUGCUUAAUGACGCAAACCUCCGUUUUAGUUUUAGCACAUUUAUCAUCCAGCCUCAAGGUGGUGCCAAGAGAGAAGAGAAAGAACAUGCUGAGAUAAACGUGUUUAAAUGUGAAAAAUUAGAAAAACGUGAGGCUGAACCAGAUACAAUUCUGAAAAUAAAUAAAUACAUUUAGAACCUUUCACACAAACUUUUAACAGUUUUAGAUUCUAUAUCCAGUCUAAAGAUAAAUUAAUUCUGUACAACAUGAAGCCAAUCAUGUGACCUUCAGAAAUAUUCAAAUUUUUGGAUCAAAUUUACCUUUUAAAUUGUGCUUUUCAGUCCUGGUGAGAGUUGUUGGCUCUUCUGGUAAAUAUAUGUGAAAAGACUUAAAAUUAUUUUGCUUUAUAGCAGAUUUUCAGAAAAAGUCAUAUAACCUGAGAUCAACUGAUUUAAGAAAAUCAGUUGAGAUAAUUAUUUAUACUUCUAAAAAUGUUACUAAAAUAACCACAAUUACGCUUUAUUGUUUGUAUGUGGAACCCUUGAAAUUAGAAUUUAUGACUUCCUGUUUCCAGGAGGUAUAAAUACAAUGUGACACCAGAGCUCUUUUUUUUUAGCUUUAGCGUUUUAAAAUGGGAAAGACAAGAAAACAUGUCAUUCAAAGCAAACCUAUGUUGAUGUUAAGUCAAACAAUUUUUUUCAUUUUAUGCAACUUCCAGUAUUUGAUAAAUUCAUUUACAAUCCCUUUAUUUAUGGUUCCAAUGAACAUAAUGACCACAUAUAGGUAAAGUUUUUAUUAUUUUUAUCAUCUUUAUCUUGUAUAUUGAAGUGUAGAAGUUGGUCCAGUUCUAAAGAACGCUUGAGUAUUCUCACACUAUAAUCUUACACUUUAAAAAUCCACAUUUGUUACGUUUUCUUUUUGUUUUGCUCUCAUCAAAGUUUGCAGAUACAAUCAAGAUAAAAGAACUGAAAGAAGCGAGGCUGCUUUCUGCCGCCCUAAUCUCCAAUCAACCCUUCAGAGUUUAUUUAUUGAUCACUCAAAGGUCUUUUCACAGCUGUAAAUUCAACUGUUAUCUGGUCUGUGGUCGUUUGUUUCACCUGCAUUAAAGCAGACGGUAAAUCUGUCGUCCUGAAGGUGAGAUAAAGACAAACAAAUAGGAGACAUUUAUCAGAACAAUUGUUUUCUGCACAUGACUUUUUAAAGUUUCUUUGCUAUCAAAACAAAAGUGGGUGAUUAGUUUAACCCGCAUCCAUUAUUUACCACCUGGUUUCAUUGUGCUGCCUGAUGAAUGUAGAUCUACGUGGAGAUGAGGACAAUCAGAGUAAAAAGGUUUAUUUUAAACUCAAUCAACUCAAACGUCUGCUGCCAGUUCAAGGUUUCAUGACGCAGCUCUCCAUUAUUGUUCCUUGAAAUCUUAUUUUGGAUUCAGAUGUCAGAUUUUCUUUGUUGUUUUUUUGUGCAGCUGCCAGUAUGAAUUAGUUAAAGUUCUUUCCUUCAGAUGGUGAAACAGGUUUUGUGUUUCUCUUCUGGUGCCUAAAGUGAAAUAAAAUAAAAGCAAAAUAAGCCCUGAAGGAACUGUGCACAAAACUAUGCAUCCAAAUGGAGUAACACAGGCGUGUGUGUGUGCGGGCGCAUGUGUGUGUGUGUGUGUUUUUAUAAACUGUCGAUGUGAAGCAGAUGUUGAGUGAGUUUUGGCCUCUUCGGUGUUCAGCAUCUGUUGUAAAUCCAGAGCUUUCGGAGGCGGAGGUCUGAACGUGUUGCAGCAUUCCUGUAGGUUUAAACUGAGCAGAGAUGAACAGUGUAAUAUGAUGUACAAGUAAACAUUUUUAUAGCUGCCUCUCAUGGAUUAUUCCUUUUGUAUGUGACUUUUCAUAAAAAAUAAAUAAAAAAACCUUU